AAGAAACUAAAUUCCGAAGAAGCAAAAUUACAAAGGUACGAAAACGAAGACGAAGACGAAUGGUGGAAUUGGAAGGUUCCUUCUUCCCUUUCGAACGUGCACGAAACGAAACGAAUCACUUCUCUUCUUCCUCUCCUCUUAUCUGCUCUCUGUUUAAUCCCAACCGUUUUACUCUGACCCCUUCUCACAGUCGACCCACCUAAAAGACUGAACUGCCCUUCUGCUUUCUCCUACUACCUGGGGAUUGAUGAUGGCCAUGGCCCUGGGCCGGAGAAACCGAUGAAAUUGGGGUUCUGGGUUUCGAAGAGGGGCUGAGUUCCGGAACUGGGUCUGAAGAAUUUCGAGCAUUCGUUCUUGGGUGGCGGAGGAUUUUUGGGGUUUGUUCUGAAAUUCUUGUUUUGGGUUUCUUUUGACUCUUUUUUUUGUAGCUUCUGUGUUCAAAAUUCGAGAUGGUUUUGCGGGAAAUAGAGUCUCUGAUUAUUCAUUGGUUGUUUGAGAUUGUUUGCUUUGAUGAGUUUAGGUGAUCGGAAACCUGUAGUGCGUUCUGUUGAUACCCAAUUUUUGUUCUUGGCAUUCGAUUUUUCGGAGAUUGUGAUAGAAGAGAUUGAAGCACAUUGCGGGUUAGGAUUGAUAUUAGAGGUUUAGAAGGAUCAGUAGAACAGGAAGUGUGUGUGUUUUACUAGAUUUUUUUGUUUGGUAGAAUUGUGGAUUUUUCAAGUUGGGUUUAGCAAUUGGAGUGGUUUUGAGGAACUUGUAGGUUGAUUGGUUUUAGUGUGAUUGUGUUGUGUGUCACUAUGUCGGGUGGCACACCAACCGGUGGAUAUAUGAGGCAGAGGCAUAGCCAGGGCUAUGCGUCGAGUGGAGAUGAUCUUGAGGAUGAUGCAUGCUCGAUGAUGCAUAGUCCGUCAGCUUCGAGUCCGAGAGUUUGGUCAAAGAGAGAGAUUGCGGAGAAUUUGAUUUGGCUUGCCUCGGCAGCAGGCAUUGUGUACUUGGGUGAUUCGAAAUCCAACUUGAUAUAUCUCUUGUGGCAUGAUGACCGAAUAAGAAGAUUGCCGUUGUACAUUGGGAUGGUGGGUGUGGUUUUGAAUUUUAUCAUCUUCUGUUACACAAGUAUGUCAGCAUGGAGUGUCGGGCGAUUUGAUGAAAAAUGGGAAUUAGCAAGUAUAUCUGCUCUGCCGUUUGUGACACUACUUGGUGCCAUUUCCUUUUGCCUGUUCUGCUUUGCUCUGUGGCCAAUAUGGGGGGUUUUGACCCUUCCUCUUCUGUUCACGCUGUUUAUGGCAGGCAUGGUUAUAUUUCCAUACAUUAUAAUUGGGAUAUUUAGGAAACAACAUGAUGUGCUGCGUACAGAUAAUGCCUUCUCAGAUUUUAGUGAGAAACAAUACUGACCUAGAUCAAGAGCUGCUAACUCAACCAUGGAUGAACUGUCACAUCAGUAGUGGAGCGAUUAUUGUCUUUCAAUCAGUCAGGUUUCGAUUUUACAUACACAUUCUUUUGAUGAUACACUCGAUAGUACCACAUAGUUCUUUACAAACUGGAGCAGACCGGUUGGGAUGUUGAUGCCAGCGAGCGUUAGUUGUGUAAAAAUGUUAAAUUUUCUGGAUACAAACUAUCAUUAGGGAGGAGGUUCUGGCAUUGAUUUGGCAGAGAUUCAACGACAUUUACUGUUGCCAGAACCUCCUCCCUUUGUUUCUGGUAUGAGUCCAUCUUUCAUUAGGGAGGAGGUUCUGGCAUUGAUUUGGCAUUACAAAAUUCAGUUCUCGUUUACGUUUCUCUUUUAGAUUUCGUGUCUCUUAUAUUUUCUGUUGGUGUUAAUGAGCUAUGAUUACACCAUAUUUGCACACAUAUUUUCGUCUUGGUUUGAAGACAUUUGUGAUGCUGGUGAGUUUGAGAGUUGCAAAUUCAGCAAAGGUGCCCAGCAUCUUCAAUAGUC